UUUGUGCGACCCGCUAUUGUGGAACUUGUGCGUUUGGACAUCGCAUUUAUGAAUUUGCUGCGAAUAAUCAUAAAACAAACACAUUGUACGUCAAAUGUGUGCUUGACUAACACCUAUGAAGAUUUAUGCGUAUAAAUCUGUUUAGUUCGCGUAGAAGCUUAUCGUAAUAACUAAAAAGCGAAUGCCAGGUAGUGUUUCCAUGGUAAUGUAAAGCGAGUAUUUCAACGUAGUAUAAAUACUUAAUCUGUUUUCUAAGCGCAACACUUUUGUUUAAUUGUCAUGUAAGAGGCAAGAAACAUCUUACAGUGAAAAGUCGACGGCCUAAGAAUAUGAUUGACACAGAGAAGAUUCCUACAGGAGGGGAUGGCGCAUCUUCAAUUUUGUCUGAGAAGAAACGAGAGAAUGAGAAUGAGAAGAAGAAGAAGAGGUCUCGAGUGAAACAGCUGCUGGCUGAUAUUAAGAAGCAGGUGGAAUUCUGGUUUGGUGAUGUGAAUCUUCACAAGGACAGGUUCAUGAAGAAUCUCAUUGAACAGUCUAGAGAUGGAUAUACUGACAUAUCGGUGUUGACAUCAUUCAACCGAAUGAAGAAGUUGACCACCGAUAUCAAAUUAAUCGCAAGGGCUCUUAAAAAUUCGUCGUUAAUUGAGGUAAAUCUGCAGGGGACGCGCUUGAGACGAAAGUAUCCGCUCGGUGAGAGUCCGAAAGAUGUGGACAGCCGUACAGUUUAUGUGGAGCUCUUGCCGAAGACCGUCACACAUCUAUGGGUAGAGCGAGUAUUCAGCAAGUGUGGAAAAGUGGUGUAUGUUAGCAUCCCCAGGUUCAAGUCCUCGGGAAGUCACAAAGGUUUUGGAUUCGUAGAGUUUGAAACGGAAGAACAGGCACAGAAAGCCAUAGAGAUGCUGAACAAUCCACCAGAAGAUGCGUCAAAGAAGCCAGGCAUUUUCCCUAAGACCUGUAAGAAGAAGGUUAUUCCCUUCGAUGCUGUCCAGGAUACACAAGAUGAGGAAGACGAUGGGAAGAAAAAGAAGAAAAAAAGAACUCGAAGCGAACUUAAAACCAUCGCUGUGGAAGACAUGGUGGUAGAUAAGGUGAAGGACAAAGAUGGAGCCACAGAUGCAGAGGUCACCAAAGAACCAAAGAAACAAUCAGCAGAGGAAUCGAAACCAGAAACCGAGACAAGAACAGCCAAGAAAGCGGAGAAGAAAAGACGACGAUCCCACAGUGCUGAAGCUUCAGCUGGAGACGGUCAGGAUGAGAUGCCGUCCAAAAUGAGGAAGGUAGAAGAGGAGGACAACAUGGAGGCAAGGGAGAUGAAAGAUUUAUCAUCAGAGGGCAAGAAUGAAGAACAGUUGAGCUCUGAUAAGAAAGAUGAUUCUGUUCUUAAGGCCAAAAGGAAGAGAAAGAAGAAGCACAAGGAGAGAUUGAAAAUGGGCGAGGAGGUGAUCCCGCUCAGAGUGCUCUCAAAGAGCGAGUGGGUAAACCUAAAGGAGGAAUAUCUGACGCUGCAGAAGCGCUGCAUGGCUCACCUGAAGAAAUCUGUUGCUCAGAUCAAUCAGACUCCAAAUGAGUGUUUAAGGAAAAUGACUAAAGAGGAUGACAAGGAAAUUUCUUGUAAGGAGGUGGCUAAGAAAGAGCCCCUUUCUGGCCCUGAAUUUGUGAGCGGAGUCAUUGUUAAAAUUAGCAGUCAUCAACCUCUGCCAAGCAAGAAGAUCAUUAAGGAUUCAUUGUCUGAGGUAUCAACUGUGGUCUAUGUGGAUAUUCUUGAUGGAGAUGCAGAGGGUCACCUACGUUUCAUGUGCCCUGAAGAUGCACAGGCGAUCAUCACGGCUCGAUCAGAACUGCAGAAAAAAUACAGCUGGAGUCUUGAUCUUCUCUCAGGUGACCAUGAGCAGAGGUACUGGCAGAAGAUUUUGGUCGACCGACAAGCCAAGCUGAACAGACCCAGAGAAAAGAAGCGUGGGACAGAAAAGCUCAUUUCUAAAGCGGAGAAAAUCAUCAUCGCGCGCGCCAAGGAAGCAAGCAAGCACACCCGCUUCGAUGAUUAAAAGUCAAUAAUUUUUAAAACUAAUUGUUUAUCAGACCUGUUAUUUAAUUCAUCAUUUGUUUUGUACAUUGCUAAGAUGUUUGGCUUAUCCACUGCUAAUUUUAUUAUACCUUGAUUAGUUUAGCUGAUUUUUCAGAAAUUGAGGUGUAAUGUAUUUCUUUAGUUUUGUGUGAGGUAUAUUUUUUUGUCUACAGAUCUAGUUUGGUGUCUGAAAUGACAUAUUAAAAGAAUGUAUAUAAAACUUUGCUUUCUAUUGUUAGUCAAGGGUACCAGCCAGGAUAUAAGGACACAUGGAAACUGUAUCUGUUGUUAUGUUUGCAUCUUGGCCCUUUAUAGCGUUUUUAAAUAAAAUUUGUUU